CUCACCACGGUCAUGGCUAGUAGCAGCAGCAACUGGUUGAACCAGGUCUCUACUGACGCCGGACUCUUGCCAACACCGACAACAACGCCUUCUCCAGGCCGGUCUCCAGCUUCUCCACUUCAAUUUCUGCCCAACGAGCCCCUCCUCCCUGAGUUAUGCACGGAAAAGCAGAACCCGGCGUCGAGGGACAUCGACAAGAUGAGCACACUCGAAAUGUGCCGUAUAAUCAACGCCGAAGACGCGCGAGUAGCUGGUGCCGUGGCAGAAAUAACGCCGCUCAUUGCGGAAGUCGUGGACCGAAUCGCUGAACGAAUGGUUGAAGGGGGGAGACUGCUUUACAUGGGCGCUGGCACAAGCGGGAGACUCGGUGUUUUAGACCUUGCUGAUAUUCCACCCUCAUAUAACGCCGACCCGAUGCGCUACAUAGCUCUUGCUGCUGGAGGCGAUAUCACGUUACGAACUGCAAGACCAGCUGUUGAAGAUUCACGUGCCGCUGGGGCGGCUGACUUGGGUGCGCUGCUGCCAACAGCACAAGACACUUUGGUGGGAAUAUCGGCUUCUGGACGGACCCCAUAUGUCUUGGGAGCAUUACAUAGCGCCCGCGCUCAUGGGCUUCUGACAAUUGGUCUUGUCUGUUCGGAGAACAGUGUGGUUGCGCGGGAGGGCCAGUGUAAUUUCGUGCUACACCCUCGAGUUGGGCCAGAAAUAAUUGCGGGGAGUACCAGGAUGAAAGCGGGAACCGCGACGAAGAUGGUUUUGAACAUGAUGUCCACCUCCGUUCAAAUCAAGCUAGGCAGCACUUACAGCAACCUGAUGGUGGACGUAUACCCUUCCAACGCGAAGUGCAGUGCACGGGCGCGAAACAUCAUCCGUGCCAUUGCGGGUAAUCUGGCUGACGCAUACUCAAACGACGACCUCGAUGGGGUCAUCUCCCGAUGUAGUGGCUCCGUAAAAUUAGCAGUUGUUGUCGUCGUCUCCGGCUGGGGUGUGCCACGCUGCAUUGAUGCCCUUGAGAGACGGGCCGGCUCGCUCAGGGAUGUCUUAGAGGACGUACGGUACGAAACUGUUGUGCGUGUUUUUAUUUGA